AUGCACUGCGCUGAAGUUGUGAGAACUGCUGAAGCAUCAUCCUCAAAAAAGAAGUGGCAUGUAAAAGCUGAUCCCGAUCGCGCACCUGCGCUGCAGAUCUCGACCGACGUGAAGCUACCUAAUUCUUUCACCGUGGGCCUUCCAAGGGGUGUCGAUCCACUGAGCGUUCCUGCCUUUUUUUUUUCUUCCACUCAAAGGAACUGGACCUCUUGUGGUUAA